AUGCUCCGAUGGGGGGCUCGCGAGCUAGGUCGAUUUGUUUUAAAAUGUCUCCACGCCCAGGUGACCAAUGCCGACAUCCGCUCCUAUUUCCGCUCCAAAGAAUACUCUGAAGGAACACUCGGCGCGUGGCCUCACCAAACCUACCGUUCUUCUCCAGCGAUAGGCCCCAUACUAAACAUCCAGAAAGAUCAUCCGACAUGUCAUGAUAACAAAGACCACCUACUUCUUAUGGGACCUUGGGGAACCGAGGUCUCGAAUCCAGGUCCGAUGAUUUUAGAUACUUAUGGCGGCCUUGUAUGGAACGAUCCGGUACGCUAUGGAAAGACUUGGGCGGUUGAUGUACGGUUCCUCGAUGAUGAGCCGUACCUCAGCUUUUGGGCUAGCAAAGACCCAGCUAGCGAGGUUGGCCAUUGGUACAUGCUCAACUCGACAUAUGAUGAAGUGUAUCAGAUCCGAUCCGGAGAUGGCUGGACCGCCGACGACCAUGACUUUGACAUAACGCCAAAGGGAACGGCCCUUCUGGUGGUAAACAAGGACAUUCCCUUCGACCUUAGCCCGGUUGGCGGUCCACGACACGGUUGGCUACGUGACAACGGUAUUCAAGAGAUCGAUAUUGCCACAGGGGAGGUCCUUUUCCAAUGGACGGUUGCUAGCCAUUAUAAACUGGAAGAAGGUUACCAUGCAUUCACACCAGGUUGGGGCGAGGAUUCAGAUCAUCCCUUCGAGCCAUUUGUCCUGAACAGUGCGCACGCGGACUCGCAUGGUAACUAUUUGGUUUCAAUACGGCAUAUGUCGAGCAUCGCGUAUAUUGAUGGUCAAACUGGCGACGUGGUCUGGAAAUUGGGAGGUGAAAAGAAUUCAUUUGCCAAUUUAUCACCAGUGGGAGAUCAUGAUGACGACCACAACGCGACUGUAUUUGAUGGCCAGCACCAUGCCAGGAUUCUCGAGACCGGAGAACUCAUCGACAGCGAUACGCUAAUCAUGACAAUUUUCGAUAAUGGCUUUGGGGCCCAAGAGCCUGCACACCCGACGAUGGGGAAGAUUGUCAAAUUAAACGUAAAACAAAUGACGGCACAACUUCUAUAUCAGCCGUACCAGAACAAACACCAGACAGCUAUCACACACGCACGAGGGUCUUUACAGAUUCUUCCCAAUGGGAAUCGGCUUUUAGGCUAUGGGACAGUGCCGUCAUGGUCUGAGUUUACCACGGAUGGACGACUUCUAUGCGAUAUUCAUUAUGCGCCCAAGGUCGGAUUUAACACGCAGGAAGCGUUCUCCUAUCGUGUACUGAGGCGUUUGUGGAUUGGCCAACCCCGAGAAGCCCCUUCCGCAGUAAUUGGAGAAGAUAACAGACUUUAUGUCAGUUGGAAUGGCGCAACUAAGGUGGUCAGUUGGGAAUUGCAGGCCUCUCGCCGUAACAGUGCUGAUGGAGGAGAACAAGUGUUCGUCUCCAUCGAAAACAUCACUAAGACCGGAUUCGAAACUUUAAUUAAUAUUCCAGAAGCGCUAGACAACCACUACCUCCGAGUGGUAGGAAAGGACACUCAGGGAAAGGCUCUGGGAAUCUCGGGGGUUGUGGAGAGACCUUCAUUGAUUCCGCGCCCUAUACAGUUUGUACAGGAUCAAAUACGGAUGAUGUGA